UGGUAAAACAAAGAGCAAAACUGAGCAAGAGCAACCGAGUGACAGCUCCACAGAAAAGCAACCAAAGGAAGCAAAGCCUCUCUCUCUCAUCGCGGUGUGUACAGAAUCGUCCUGCUGUGCUGCAGGGAGCUCACAGCUACUGUUGGAGCUCGAGCACCCAGGACAGGAGUCCAGACUCCAUAGCACCACUACUGGCCUACUGCUACUAUCACCUGCUCGUUCAAGAAUCUUCCAGCUUCCCCUAACAGCUUAACCUUUUGCUAUGGCUUCUUGAUCUGCGAGUCUGCUGUUGGUGUCUCAAUCCGAGAUCAUUGCCAAUCUGUCUCAACCACGUUUCCCCUUCGGUGCUAGCAAAAAAAAUCCCAUCUUUUGAACAGUGAAGCUUGGGGAAAUGGGUUUGCAGCAGGAUGUUUCUUGAAGGGCAUACCAGUUUGAUGCAAGAUUUAUAGAGCAAGAUAUUACCACCGAGAUUUUUUCUCCAAGAAGCAAUUUUCAGACAAAUAGAAGAAAAAAUCGCAUCAUUCUUCAGAGCUUGUAGCUUCAGUAGUUGCCAGAUACAUACAUCUCCAGCUACUGCUGAAUUGAACCAAUGGGUAGGGGAAGAGGCAGAGGAAGGAAGCUCACCAAUGUCCGGACCCAUGAGGAUAAGGGGAGCAGCGGUGAAGAGGUCGUCGUGCCUGCAAGGAAGAGGAGGGGACGGCCCCAAAAGCGCGUCGCAGCCGCCGAUAAGAUCAACCAAUCAGAGGUGAAAAAUCUGGGGGAGGCUGAUGAUGGCGAUGAGGACUACGAAUUGGGAGCAGGGGAUGAUGCCAAAGUGAAAGCAUCAAGAGCAGAAAACAACAUCUCUGCAGGAACUGGUGGUAACAAGAGGAACAGGGUGCCCAAGGAGGAAGAAGAGGGUUCAAAUCUUGACAUGGAGGAGAACAGCUCAAGCACUCGAUCCAGCAACGAUGAGUCGACCAGGUCCAAUGGCUUUCGGCAGACUGGGAGCCGCCGGAAGAGCACGCCGCGGCGAGCGGCGGAGGCGGGGAUAUAGCUCGCAUGAGAUAGAAUCUGGGGUCUCAGUUAGGCAUCUGCUCUUCAAUUUUGUCACCUUGGUAUUUUAGCAGUAAUCUUCAUUUUUUGUCAUCUUGGUGUUUGCUAGGCCCUACAUGAGUGUAAACAUAUACUGAUUCAUCAGAAGUUUUGCUUAUAUUGAUGAAGAUAAUGUAUGAACUACUGGAGCUCCA